UCUGGUGUUGUGGCUGUGGUGUACGCCAGCUGCUCCAGCUUUUAUUCAACCCCUAGGCUAGGAACUUCCAUAUGCCACACAUGCAGCCCUAAAAAGAAAACAAAGAAAAAGAAAAAGCAUACAGUUCCCAGGUCUCUGUUAGAACUCUUGGGAAACCCAGGUCGGGGAGCAGUGCCUUUGACAAUAGGAAAAGCUGUCAAACAGGAAAGGGCUGCCUGGUUUUUCCUCAGAUAAGCAUGGCCAACGCAGCUGCCUCAGGCAAGGUCAGUGCAGCACAUCCACCUGGAGCAAAUCACACCACAGACCUGACAGGGCUGUACAGGAUGUGUGCUCACCUUUUCUCUCUGCUCUCUGACCGCUUGCGUCAGCCUUGCCACCAGCCUCCUCAACAGACACUACCAGCCAUGAAGCCUCUCCUCCUUGUGUUUGUGUCUCUCUUCUUUUGGGAUCCAGUGCUGGCAGGCUUGAAUCCAUUAUCAUCAGAACUUCACAAGACAUGUUAUAAAAAUGGUACCUGCCGAUUUGAGUGCUAUGGAAGUGAAAUGUUAGUUGCCUACUGCCUGUUUCAGCUGGAGUGCUGUAUCAAAGGAAACCCUGACCCCUGACAUGAGAAACCAAUUAAUGCCAAUUAAUCUGAAAGUCCUUGACACGCCCUCUCACAGCCAGGGAACUUAAACUAAACCUUGACGCUGUGAUGUGCCCACAGCCACUGGUCUUUAGCAUCUUUAUAUAAUCCAUCAGAACAUCAGAAUCUUAUGAUCUCAGAUUUGCAAAGCUAGGCUGCAGGCUUCCUAAAGACCAGCAAGGUUCUCAUGAAAACUAUUUAGAAUACGUUUUCUCACUUCAAAUGGAUAUUCAUGCUCCUUCAGUGUGUAUUUUUCUCUUCACUCAUAAAAAGGUUGUAUUAUUUAAAAAGGCUUCAAAUUACAGAAAUAUCUUUUUACACCUAAGCUUUACCCUACCAUCCCUUCAGUUCCCCAUCCACCUUUUCUUUGAACCUCCCAUCUGUACAGGAACAGAUCUGCCCAAGCCCCCUGAUGACCUCAUAUAGCUCUCACAUGGACCACAUGGGCAAGACUUAACUGCAGGGAGGCACAAGUUUUGACUGAGUAUGACCCUGCAGUUCUUCUUGAAACACAAGGAUAAAAGCCAUGUUGUGAUGGGCUGGCAUAAGGCAGGUUCUUACCCACCAUCCUUGUUUCAGAGAGUGAAAUCAAAGGACUUUCCACCUCAGCCCCUUCAGGGUUCAGCCAUCAGACCAGAUGGCUAUGGCUUAGAGUUGUCCUCUCAGCAGCUGAAUGACUCACCACCCCUGCUACCCAUCAUCUGGCCCCUCUCGUUGAGUCCCAUCCUGUGGGACUAGGAGCUAACACACCUGCUGGUCUUGCUUUGCUGCGUAUACAAGUAAUAAACUAUCUAAAUCCAUUUGGAUUCAUUGUGUUCUUUGUCAGCCAACCUUGCAAAAGUGGACAGGCAAAGCAGGCAACUUCUGCUGGGGUUCUGGCUAUCCUACUGACUAUUGCAAUGCUGUUGAAUAUCUGCCUAAUGGCUCUGGCUCUACACCAUCGGCCUACAUACAGAUGCAUAGGUGAGUUCUACAUGUGCUACUCAGGAUGAGGGUGGUGAAGGGUGGUGGAUUCUGGUUGCCUGAAGAGCAAUUUUCUUCAGCCUCAGUGCUAAAUACAGCUUGGACCCUGUCAUGAUGUCGAGAGGGUGGGGCUCUAGCUGCAAACAGCCAAUAGCUGAUCUGGCACAAGGCUGAGGAAACAAUGGCUAAGUCUUUGCCUGAAAUGACAGUACUGCUCUUCCAGCCACUCACUGAAACUGGGGGAAGAUGAAAAACAGAACAGUUGUUGAGAAGGAAUAAGGGGCCGCAAGGGGUUCCACCUUCCCCGACACUGUUCAACCUUUGAUAAAAUCCAGUGUGGGUGUCUUUAGGGAAGAAGAUACUAAAAAAAAAAGAACAAGGAGGAGAAGGAGGGAGAGGGGUAGGGGGAGGAGGAGGAGAAGAAGGAGAGGAAGAGGAAGAAGCUAGAAACCGUUCUCACAGUGGCCCAAACUCUGCUGUGGAGUCAGUAGGAGAGAUGGUAUCAAAUGGACUGGAAUUGGAGAUGGCCUGGAAUGGUGACCAUGGUUAAGUAUCCAAAGUAAAAAAGGCAUCCAGACAGGACCCAGUAAAACUAUAAGACUCUGAAGGAGAAGGGGAAUCCUUACAUGAAGAGCAGUGGAUCUUUUGCAAUUGUGCCUCCCGAUAUCCCAGGUAUCCUUGGCCUUGCUUCUCAUUUUCUGGCAUGUACAUCCUUUAAACACAGACAGAAACUGAAACUUGAAGAUAACCCAGCCCUCUGACUAUCCAAAGAGCCUCUCUUUUUUAACUGGAUGAGGGAACAUAGAGACUCCUUAGAGAGGUGUUCCCCAAGCAGAGAGAGAGAGAGAGAGAGAGAGAGAGAAAAACCUAUGCGCCCCCUGCUGAAAGAAUCAGAAACUCUCUGGAAUCUGGUGCACGUCAAGAAACUUCCCUCCACGUAAGACAGAUAAGCCAACACCACACUGCCUAUCCCUUACUAUUUCACAAACCCAAACCUCUAUAUUCAUAUAACCCAUCAGGAAAUGACUCUGUUAUUAACAAUGGUCACUUCAAACUGCCUUAUUCCCUUGACAUAAAGUGUACAUAUCACAUGAGAUCCCUCUUGAUGUGCUGCAUAUAUACAAGGAGAUAUUACUCAGCCAUAAAAAAGAAUGAAAUCUUGUCAUUUGAGACAACAUGGGUGGACCUAGAAGGUAUUAUGCUAAGUGAAAUUAUCUAAGAAAGACAAAUACCAUAUGAUCUCACCUCUAUUGGAAAUCUAAGAAACAAAGCAAAUGAACAAACCUAACAAAACAGAAACAGAAUCAUAGAUUCAGAGAACAAACAGGUGGUUGCCAGGGGGAAGAAGGUAGGGUGUGGGGGGAGAGUAAUAAAUGAGGGAGAUUAAUAGUAACCAACUUCUUGUUAUUGAAAAUAAUUUUUUUUUUGUCUUUUGUCUUUUGUCCUUUUAGGGCCAUACCCAUGGCAUAUGGAGGUUCCUGGGCUAGGGGUCUAAUCAGAGCUGUUGCCGCC